AUGAAUUCAUUCCGCAACUGGUACACACAGUGGUGGCCACCAGCACCGAAAUUUACCGAGUCGGACGUCCCUUCGCAAGUUGGACGCAUUUUCAUGGUGACUGGCGCCAACACAGGUAUCGGUUUUGAGCUUUGCAAGAUGCUUUAUACCACUGGAGCUACGGUAUACCUAGCCACGCAGCGUAAGGAAUUUGCUGAAGACACAAUCAACAAAAUCAUAUCUACCUCGCCGAAGCCAAAGAACCCUGCAAACUUGAAGCCCCUGGAAAUAGACUUGUCAGACUUCCAAAGUAUAAAAGCGGCCGCAGCUUUUUUCUCUGAUCAUGAACAAUACCUUGAUAUUCUCUGGAACAACGCGGGAGUGGGUUCUCUGGCACUUCCUGCAUCAUACCGGACGGUUCAGGGUCUGAAUGGCAUCAUAGGCAUCAAUGCCGUCGGCCCUCAUCUACUUACCCACCUCCUGCUUCCCAAACUACAAUCUGCGGCAAGAAUGUCUGCAGAUGUAUUUGAAAGCAACGAAAACACAACAAACCUGGCCAAACGGCUUAACCCGGGUCGUGUUCGCGUGGUGUGGACAUCCAGCAAUCUUGUCGACUUGAGUGGGCCAAAGAGGGGGAUUGAUAUGAAGGCUGUAAGAGAUGGUGGAUCUGGAGACCCAGGCACAGACUAUGCAAUCUCCAAAUGCGCCAACUGGGCUUUCGCCGUAGAAAUGGCACGAAGAUAUGGGCAUGGACAUGAUGGGAUCGUUGCUAUUGCGCAGAACCCCGGUAACCUCAACACCGCUAGUUUCCAAGGGGUUUCCAAGCCCGUUAUGGCAACUUUGAACUUAUUUAAGCUUCUUUCUGACCCCAAGUACGGUGCUUACACAGAGCUUUUCGCUGGACUUGGACCGGAGGUUGCGGCUGCAGGGAGUGGGUCUUACAUUAUUCCUUGGGGAAGGAUCAUGCCGGAGGCCCAGAUGACCAGACAAGAUAUUGUCAAAGCAUUGAAGCCAGUUGAUGAGGGCGGUGAAGGCCUUGCAAGCGAGUUUUGGGGAUGGUGCGAAGACAAGUGGAGAGGUUUUGAAGAAUGA